AUGCAGUACCGUAAAGGCGAAGAUGACUUGGAUGCGUGCCACGAUGAUGCAACCUGCGGUUGCCACGACAGCCCCGUGAGCAUCCCAGAUCUGUCUCCAUGCCAUGACCGUAGCAGCCUCAGCCACGACAUCGAGGGGUCCUGCGAGAGCGUGCCAGAGGGCUGCCAACCAGUAGAGCCCUGCCCGCCCCGCGGCUGCUGCCCGGCACAGCACAGCUGGGAUUGUGGUAAACCCCGUCGUCGGGUGGAGGUGAGCCCUGUGCAGCCCGUUUGCCCACCAGUGAAAAUCCACCGCCGGCCACUGCAGCAGUACCGACCACCACUGCAGAGCGAGGAGCAGGGCUGCUGUAAGCCCCGCCGGAGAGUGGAGCAGUGUCCCUCUGAGGAACCCAUCAUACUUCAUCCCCGACCCUUGCAGCACCGCUGUCCCUGCAUCCCCUACUGCCGUCCACCUGUCCAGCACUGCCGUCCAUCUGUCCAGCACUACAGUCCUCCUGUCCAGCACUGCUGCCCCACCACUGUGCCCUUGCCCCAGCAUCCUGACCAGCACCAGUGCAAACAAGUGCAGAUCUUGCCACCCUUCCAGCAUAAGAAAUGA